AUGAAGAGGCAAAUUCUUUCCUACGUGGAUGUUCAUCGGCUGAGUGACGACUCCAGCGAAGAGGAGAAUGUAGACCGUAACAAAAAACGUCCACAAUCGACUGCAGGAAGUGAAAUGCCUUCAAAUUCUGAUAUCGUGAAUAUGUUACUCCAACAGAAUCAAACUCUCAUGAAAAUUAUUCAGAAAGGAAGUGGUUCACCUGCUAAGAAGAAUGAGGCUCCCCCUCCUACUAAACGCUCGAGACGAUCACCUGAAUUACCUGAAAGUGCAAAUUUAGACCUCUUUUCCUUUUAUAAUAAUGAAGAUGAAAGUGAUUAUGAAGAUUUCAACCUUCUUACCUUCCAUAAACCCAUUCCUUCAUAUAUUUCCACCAAUUUCAAAGCUGAACCAUCUUUUCAUAGAGAAGGGAAAAUUCAAUUGAAUAACUCACUAGUAGCAUUAACUUUCAGUGAAGGCCAUAGUGAUAACAUUGAUAAAUUCUUUACAUCAAUAGACCUCGACACUCGUGGUAUUACGCUGCAGGAUGUGGUUGCCCGGGCUCAAAUUCAGACUAAAAGACCUCCACAAAGAUCGUCUCUGUCUCCAUUGACUCUUGAAAAACCAAAGAAAAAGAUAAAGGUUAAGAAGGAAUUGCCUGUUCCUACUGUACUGUCUGAUCUUCCUUUGAAUAUCAAGACUGAACCCCCAAGUGAUUCAGAGUCCUCAUCGUCAUCUUCGUCAUCUUCUUCUGGAAGUGAUUCAGAUGAGCCAGAUAUAAAGAAAGAGAUGCCAGUUGUACCACAUAGUGCAAAGAAAAGGUUAAUAACAAAGACUGAAGAAGUCAAACUAGAACCCGGAGAUCCCACAGCUGCCUGUGAAGAUAUUGACAUUGGUGGGUUGGGUGUUGAACCAUUAGGAACAGACGAAAUGAUAAAGACUGAAGUGAAAGAGGAACCAAUGGAGGACCAAGUUACUGCUGCCAUAGAAACUUCAUCAGAACUCACUGCUGCUUUAGAGAGCAUAGGGGCUUGCAUAGCACCAGAGUUGACUCAGGAAACACACAUCUGCUUCUUCAGUUUGAUACGUGACAUUAUUUGCUCUACUGGGGAGCAGCGUAUGACAAGAGCACAGCUGGAAUCCAGUAUAAGAGUGUGGCAGGAGUCUGCUAUUUCCCCUCUAAAUGAGUGGUAUUCUCUUGUCCCAUCUUGGGUUAAUAUUCUUCCAUCAGCUAUCAAUUUUCUCUGUGGACAUUUUACAGAUGUGCAGCCAGCUGACUUUGUCCCUUACAUCGAGUAUAAAAGUAUGCUAAGAGUGUAUCAGUGGAUUGGAGCAGGGAGAGACAGUGAUGGUCAUUUGGAGCCCUUAGCACAGUUCUGGCUGGCUAAUAAGUCAUCUAUGAGCAGUGAAUGGAUUGAGGAUGAUGUUUUGGGAUCUAGAGUUGAAGUUGAAGAAAGUGAUGUCAUACCACCUCCUCGUUGCUAUACUAACUGGACAGUGCAGCCAGCUACAGAUGCUGAGAAAGAGGCUUACCGAGCACAAGAAAAGCUCAGAUAUGAAAAACCACACAAAGCUUACACUUUUAGAAUGCAUGGCUAUGAGAGUGUUGUGGGUCCUGUGAAAGGAAUUUAUACCCAGCAGACUGGGCUAAAUAAGGCUCGAGGGCAUUCACUUCUUGUUCCAGAUAGACCAGCAUAUGUUACUAUACUCUCGCUUGUCCGUGAUGCUGUUGCACGUCUUCCCAAUGGAGAAGGUACACGUUCAGAUAUAUGUGAACUUUUGAAGGAGUCUCAGUAUUUAGCUCCUCUCACCAGUCCUACAGCAGAAAAUAAUCUAAAUAGCGUUGUAUCUGGAGCACUGGAUCGACUUCAUUACGAGAAUGAUCCAUGUGUUAAAUAUGAUACACCAAGGAAACUCUGGAUUUACUUGCACAGGAACAGAAAUGAAGAGGAGUUUGAGCGAAUGCAUCAUCUAAAUGGACCUGGAGGUAAUAAAAACAAAAAGCCAGCCCCUCGAAGACAGAGUCGCACUAAAGUCAAAGAUCCCUUGACUAUUAAAGGGCCUCCAAAUGUAACCUUGGAACCUCUACCACCACCAACAAAGGUUGAAGCAGCGCAACAGCUAAGGUUGAAGCCUGAAGAAGUUGCUGUUUUAGCAAAAGCCAAAGUAGAUUCUCCAGUCAAAUUAGAACACUUGGGUACCCCAGCAGUUGGAAAGACAAUUACUUCUGUAAGAAUGGGUGGUGUUCGGGGCACAGUUGGAUCAAGUAGUGUUCAGACUAUCCAGGUGUCAACAGCUGGUGGUGUACAGACUAUCAAAGUUGCUCUUCCUCCUGGUGGUCCAACUAUAGCAAAAGUUACCCCACAAGCACUUGGCAAAGUCCCAACAUCUUCCAUUACUAAGGUUGCUGGCCAAACCAUAAGUCGAACUCCAACACCAACUUUGGCAAAGGCUGCUAGUGCAGGAAUCAAGGGUGUGAGUCUUCAGCAGUCAGUUCUUCAGUCUGCAGUAACUGGGACCACAAUAAGCCAGGAUGCUUUACUGGCUUCGCAACAUAUCACAAACCUCACAUCAGGCAACUUGACUGCUGGUAAAUCUCGUUCACCUGUUGUGACAUUGACAACCAGAGAAGCUGCCAAACUUCCCACGCCAUCUGUUGCUCAGGCUAGACCUAGCGCAUCUGCUUCAACUACACCUGCUGGCCAGCAACUUGCCACACAAACCUCUCUUGCCUCUCAGGUGUGCACUACAGCUAGUGGUACCAUAGGGAAUAAAUUAGCAAGUGCACCAACUGUUGUAAAUAUGGGUGGGUCAACCGUUCAUAAGACUAAUCUUUUCUCCCUUAGUGGGAUAAAAUUACUGCAAGCAACUCCACAGCAAGUAGCUGCAAGCAAAGGUAAAACUGCUGGUUCAGCUUCUCCAGGUGUCAUGAAUUCUGUUACUAAACUGCAAACUCUGAUGGUUGAUGGAAAAGUCUUAAUGCAAGGAGGAAAGGUGGUUAGUGUAGAGUCUCUGUUAAGUCAAGCAGAUAAAACAACACAGAUUCAAGGUGGAGUUGUGACUACUAUAGCUGGAAACAAGUUAGCGGGUGGUAAUGUCAUUCAGGUAGCUGGUGGUGCAGGUGGUGUUCAGCGACUGACGCUAGUUUCUCCUCAGGGGUCCCAUGUACCUUUAACAGCUGCAAAUCAAAGGUUAAUCCUUGCUACUGGAUCACAGGCUAACAAAAUUGAUGGGACAGGCAGUAAAACCCAAGUAGUUCAAACAAUUCAAACACUGCAGCCAGGAGGGCAUGUUGUCCAGACGAGCCAAGGGUCAAUAACUACCACAACGAGUAGCACAACUACCACUCCAUCCAUAAACAAUAAUACUACUCAAGUAGUUAGUGCCCCAAUUUCAUCUGCUCCUGCAACAACAACUCAGGCAAGAUUCUUUUCCGUGGGUCAGCAACAAAAGACUAUUGUUCAGGGAUUGGGUGUUGCUGGCAAACCUGUCUUAUCCAGUGGUGGAAUAAGGCUGGUCCAGCCAUCCGUCAGUGGUGCUGUUGUUGCUGGAACGUCCACAGCUACAGGUAACCUAAUAACCAUUGGUGGGAAGCAGGUGUUGUUGACAUCAAAACCUUUUGCACAGCAACAGCUACAGCAGGUUAUGUUAACUGGUGGGAGUCUUAAAGGAGGCUCAGCAGCAACGCAAGCGGCUGCCAGUCAAGGAGCAGUUGUGGUUGCAAGUGGGACUGGGGGUCAACAGAUUGUUUUACCGGCUGCAGCUCUUCAGGGGUCACACUUGAAUUUAAAAGGUGUACAAGCUUUCCAGACUUUGAAGGUUAUCCCAGCUUCUCAGGUUACUCAACAGCAGAGAGGAAAGCCUGUGUUAGCACGUAUAGUUUCGCCAGCAGCCGUCAGAGGUACUACAACUGUAACUGCCAAUCAACAGGGUACACAUGAACUCCCAAAAUCGUAGAUUUUGUGUCUGUAUAUAGUUUGGUUAAUGUAUAUAGUUUGGUUAAGGGAAAGUCCUUGCAAUUGCUGUACAAGAUCCCUCUUUUAAAUGUCCAUUGCAUUUCUAUGUUCAUUUAUGAAAGGAAGAACCUGUUUGCCCAGAAAUAGGGUUAACAAAGAUUCGUCCUCAGAAAUUUUUAUAUCAAAUACAGUAUGUAGUAAUUUAUUUAUUUAUAAGAGGCAGUGAUGAGUUAUUUUCAUAAAAAAAAAUAUAUUUGUAGCCCAGAUAAAAGUUGAUGUAUCCUUGGUAAAAGUUGUGGUUGUAAUUAUUGAACUGUUGUUGAGUGUUGAAAUACUUGAAUGUAAACUGUGUCCAUUGCUAAGCACAGAUUCUUAUUUUAAGACACACCUUGUAAAUUUAGAAAUUGCUAAGUACUUAAUGUAUGAUCAACAAUUUGUUUUCCUGUAAUGGUAUUGGAUUUGAUUUUUUAUAAUGGCUACAUGAAAAAUUAUGAAAAGGAAAACUCAUAGUUGCCUUUGAAUUUUAUGUGAAAUUAAGCUAUAUAUUUGUAACUGACAGUUUUGAAGUUUCCCAACUUCUUCACAAAAUUAAUGACGUGUGAAAGAAACCAACAAAACUGAAAUUUCCUGAAAAAUCAUGAGUGAGGUACUUUGUACCUUGAACAUUUCAUGAAAGAAAAUAACCUGUGAUAGUCAUCUAGACAAAAGUUUUUGUGAAUAUUAGAAAAUUUAAUUAUUUUAUACAAGCUAUUGUAAUUGUAUACAUGUUCUAAUGGUCAUAUACUUGACAAGUAAUAUAUGAAAUAUAUUACUAAUGUGACUUUGUUUAGGAACCCCUUUUAGCCAGACUCAAUUUUGUAUGAAGUUAUCAUUUGAAAAGCAAGGAUUUUAAUUUGAGCAUUGUUUUCACGCUAACCUAACUUUUCUGAUAAAGAAAGUAAGUAGCAAAGUAGUUACCAAGAACUGCUUCAUUGCAAUUGGCAAUUAUAGUAUAAUUUCAGGGUAUUUUUGAAAUUUAUAUUGUAAAGGCGUGAUACCUCUUGAUAUAGACAAACCACCCAGGUGUGUAAUUUGAAUAUGAUCUUCAUUUAAAACCUGAUUAAAAAGUGGUUUCUCUGAUUUUAUCAACAAAACAGGAAACGAUCGCUACUUCAUUAGUUACCUGGUAGCAGUGCUUUUCCAGAGGGACUGCAGAGAUAGUCUGUUAAGCUACCCAGUAACAGUAAUAACAAUAAUAGUAACACAAGUCAUCAUCAUAAAAUUCUCUAGGGUAAUUUUAAUUUCCUGCAAAGAGAAGAUGAUGAAGAGACGGCAGAUUCGACUCCUUUACCAUACCUUCCUUGGCAGACUUUGUAGACAACGACAAAGCUGAGAUGCUCCUGUGCCCUGUCAGGGCACUAAGGGAGUACUUAAAGAGAACAAGGCACCUCAGGCCGGGGUGCCAGAGGUUGUUCGUAAGUACAGGACGGAACAAGAAGGAAGUGUCCAAGAAUACAAUAUCAUUUUGGCUAAGGGAGACGAUCAGAGAUGCUUAUACGGCAGAAGACAGAGGGUCAGAUAGACGCAGAGGCAGUAGCAGAAGAUGCGCUACAACACCCCUGGGACAAUCUGGACGUGUACGCAUUUCCUCCAUUUCAUCUAAUCCGUCAGGUUCUGAACAGGGUAAUGCGGUCUCAGAACCUCAAGAUGACCCUGGUAGCCCCGUUAUGGCCGAAAGCAGAGUGGUUUCCAGACCUACUGGAACUCCUAGUAGAUGUGCCAAGAGAGUUACCUCCAUGGAGCAACCUUCUGUGUCAGCCUCACGUGGAGAGGUACCACCAGUCGGUGAAGUCCCUAUCGCUUCACGGGUGGAGACUGUCAAGUAUCUCCUCCGAGAGCGAGGGUUUUUGCAGAAAGCAGCAACUCAGAUGGCAGGUAAUAUCAGAAAAUCAUCUGCGACAGUAUACCAAGGAAAGUGGUCAGCAUACUGUGAUUGGUGUCGUAGAGGGAACGUGUCUCCACUCGGUACCACUAUUCAGCAGUUAGCAGACUUUCUGAUAUAUCUCAGAACAGAAAAACAUAUGUCUGUAUCUGCAGUGAAGGGGUACAGGGCAGCUCUAGCCUCAGUCUUACGAAUGAAAGGAGUGGACAUAUCGUCUUCAUGGGAGUUGGCCAUGCUGAUGAGGAGCUUUGAACAGUCAUGCCCACCAAAGGAGCUAAAAGCCCCAGAUUGGGAUCUGACCAAGGUACUGAGUAGUCUGACAAAACCCCCCUAUGAACCACUAAGGCAGUCCACGGAUAGGAGCCUGACCCUGAAGACAGUCUUCUUAUUGGCCCUGGCUUCAACCAAAAGGGUGGGGGAGCUACAUGGCCUCUCAUAUCUCAUAAAGCACUCGAGAGGUUGGAGAUCAAUGGUAUGUGAGUUUGUCCCAGAAUUCGUGGCCAAGACCCAAAAUCCAACAAUAGUAGACGGCAGAUUCGACUCCUUUACCAUACCUUCCUUGGCAGACUUUGUAGACAACGACAAAGCUGAGAUGCUCCUGUGCCCCGUCAGGGCACUAAGGGAGUACUUAAAGAGAACAAGGCACCUCAGGCCGGGGUGCCAGAGGUUGUUCGUAAGUACAGGACGGAACAAGAAGGAAGUGUCCAAGAAUACAAUAUCAUUUUGGCUAAGGGAGACGAUCAGAGAUGCUUAUACGGCAGAAGACAGAGGGUCAGAUAGCCAGGUGGGAGCUAGAGCUCAUGACAUCAGGGGUGUGAGUGCUUCCCUGGCAUUUAAGAAGAACAUGUCUGUGGAUAAAAUUCUGAAAGCUGGUGUGUGGAAGCGCCAAACAACUUUCACCUCAUUUUAUUUGAAAGAUGUUGCCCAUAGAUCCUUGGACACCUUUUCCUUGGGUCCAGUGGUGGCGGCCCAACAAGUGAUAUAGUUCAUCCAGUGCCCCUGGCGGGUCAGUUUGCGUCUAGUCUAAGAUGAAGGUAUGAAAGUAGAAUGAAUGGGAUGACUGGUCUUUUUUCUUUACUACUUUCUUCCUACUCCUUUAACUACGGGCAAUAUGAAGGAGAGUACCGUCAUGUGCUGGAACGGACUAGAUGCAGGUGAGAUGGUCAGCCAUACUGUGAAGCUAUCUUAGCUGAUGAUAUACUUUUCAGUAGCAACACACCCCUCUGGAUAAUAGGGAAAAGAGGGGUGAAGGUGGAUCCAGUUGCAAGGGACAAGAGUAAACAGUAGAAUGGUAUCUACACCUAGUGGGAGAAAACCAAUAGAUCCGCUUAUAUCUUUGGUCCUAGGUUCGUUGUCCAUUCUCUUAGAAUUUCCCUAUAUAUUCGGAAAUGGAUAAGGUGGCAAACUCCCAGUCAGUUGUAGAGACUUACCUCCCUCCAAUAGUAAGUCUAUCCUAAUGUUAAGACCGAAGGUUUGUUUCGUGUAUGAACAAAUACCAAAUUUGUAACUAAUUUGUAUUUUUCAUAACUAACAAACCUGAGGUCUUAACAGUUAAAGGCCCACCUCGAACCACCCCUCUAGCAGUCUAAACUGGGUUAGAAAUAUAACUGAUGGGUCACAGGUAGCCGUGGGCAUUCUGGGUAUACAUGCCCCGUGACCUGGUAUAGAUGCCAUUAGUCCCUGGAUCUCACAAGUGUAAUUUUAAUUCUACCGGUUUCCAGCUUGGCGCUAGUAAAUCCUAAUGUUAAGACCUCAGGUUUGUUAGUUAUGAAAAAUACAAAUUAGUUACAAAUUUGGUAUUUUACAUAGCUUUUUGGAUGCAUAUUUAUUUAUUCAUUGGGUUGUAUAUGUUUGAUCCUAUUUUAGGUUCUGUAUGGAAGAUGAGCAUACCUUGUUUAGGGAAGGAUAUGCAAGUUACAGUUACUACAUUUUGUUGAUAAUGAACAUAGUGGCAAGUACAGUAGCCAACCGUUAUUGAGAUCACUACACCAGAAACCCACUGUAACAGGAAUAGUGGCCAUUUGUGAAAAACCACACACUGAUGUCGAAGUCCACGUCAGUAAGGAAAUGAGUGUAUAAUGUAAUUAUUCACACUGCAUUCCUAUUUUAUUUGUGGUCAUGACAUUUUUUUUUUUUUUUUUAUAGUACACUAUACAAUACUUUUUCUUAUUAUUAUUAUUAUACCACGGUGUUUAAUUUUUUAUUAAAAAAAAUUUGUUCCAUUUUUUACUUUUAUGUAGUAGGAGUGCCAGGAUCUUUUGAUUCUGAACUGCAUUUUUAUGUGAACUUAGUCUGUAUUCCAGGACUCAUGUCUUCUUUCCUUGAAGUCUGUAUUCCAGGACUCAUGUCUUUCCUUGAAGUCUGUAUUCCAGGACUCGUGUCUUCUUUCCUUGAAGGAGAAACCCUAGUCUUGCUAUUGUGUGGAAAGUGGGUCCAGGAAUAACUUUCAAGUACUUUUAACUAAAAAAUUGUGGUUUUUAUUUUAUAUUUUUACACUUCCUAGUUGUGGGAAGGCAUAAUCAGAGAUGCACUGGAGUCCAAUUCAGUUCUUAUGUAUAUUUCUUAUGGGGAAGGUGUUACUUCUCUUUCCCUUGGUUUCAGGACUUUUCUUUUUUGCCUUCUUGUUAAGGUUGGGGAAUUUACACUUGGGCUUUAUCAUUAAUGUUGUGCUUAAAAAUAAAAAAAAACUAAAUAACCAAUUCAUGGAUCCUCCCUUGGUUUCUAGUCAGAACUUUGGGUAAGGAAAUUACAGGCAUUUGCAGCUUGCCGCCAUAAGCGCUCUCAAUCUUUUUCUGUUUAUCAGAUUAGGAAGUUUCCUCAUUCCUUCAGUCUGCUAAGAAAGCUUCCUGGCACCGAUCUUCAACAUGCUUACAUCCCAAAAAAAAGUAACUUUAUCCAUAUUAGGAAUUCUUACAGGAACCUGUAAUUAUAUGUGUCUUGCAAGGAAUUCUUACCAAGACUUGUAAGUUUUUCAAUAGGUAGAAAUAUGCAUGAAUCUAUGAAAAUUUGGUUAUAUAGCACAGCGCUAGGGUUGGAGAGGCCAUGCAAAGCCCAACAGGCAGAUGUGAUUUGAGGUUAUUUCACAUCUCAGGAAGUAUACAUGGGUCAGUAAUUACAGCUACAAUAAUGUGGUAAAAAUAAAAAGAGUUAGAAACCUAUUAUUUAUUUUGUAAAGUUUUUAGUAUGAACAUGUUUACAGACAUUAAAUUUAUAAAAUCUAUCAUGGGGAACAUUGUUAAACACAAAGGCAACAAUAAACCGAUUGCUUCUGCAGUACUGCUGAAACUGAUGAUGUCUUAAUAAUUAAGCGUACAUACCAUUCCUCAACAGUGUGCGCAAGUCGUUCUCUCUCUCUUUUUUUUUU